AUGUCCGCCCACCGCGACAGCGUCGCCUACGAGGACGAGCACGUCCACCAAGUCUACGAGCAGAUCGCCAGCCACUUCUCCUCCACCCGCUACAAGCCAUGGCCCAUUGUCGAGCGCUUCCUAACCGGCCUGCCUGAUGGCGCAGUCGGUCUUGACAUUGGUUGCGGCAACGGCAAGUACCUGGCCGUCAACCCGAACGUGUACAUUGUAGCUUCCGACCGUUCCACCAACCUCGCCAAGAUAGCCACAAGGCACCAGCCGCACAGCGCCAUUGUCGCCGACACCCUAAGCCUGCCUCAUCCCCCGGCGGCCUUCGAUUUCGCCAUAUCCAUCGCCGUCAUCCAUCACCUUUCCACACCAGAGCGACGUGUCGAAGCUACAAGGGCUAUUCUAGAACAAUUGAAGGCUGACGGAAGAGCUCUGGUAUAUGUCUGGGCACUCGAGCAGAAGGACAGCCGGAGGGGCUGGGACGAGGGCCACGAGCAAGACGUUAUGGUGCCUUGGGUUAUGAACAAGAACCAACCGAAGAGAAAGAAGGGCGCCGCUCCCGAGCAGACGGAUGCUGUCCCGGCCGAAGCCCCCCAGACAUUUCACAGAUAUUAUCACCUCUACCGAAAGGGCGAACUGGAGCACGACAUCGAGUUGGCUGGAGGAGAUAUCGUUGAAGCUGGAUACGAGAAGGACAAUUGGUGGGCCAUCAUGAAACCCAAGGCUUCAUAG